AUGUCCAGCGCUCUCAAUGAAGACAAUACUCCUGACCUCAAAGUCGACGAAACGCCUAUUUCUCCAGUCGAGCGCCGCAAUUCGCUCGAGAAACAUCUACAGCAGCGACCAGACGUCCAAGACUUGAAGAGCCGCAAUAUUCUGCUCGACACGACUGCCGCUCCAGCCCUCCAAGCCAAACAACAUGAACUCGAGCGUCAGAAACAAUCCGACAACUUGAAGAAGCACCUUGAGAAACGUCCGGAACGAGAGGAGCUGAUUGAGCGAAAUAUCCUCCCCGAUUCCACAGCCGCACCUGCGCUGCAAGCGACUCAGCGCAGUCUCGAUAAACACAUGCGAGCAGACAGCUUAGAACAGAAGAUCCAACAACGGCCUAAGCCCGACGAAUUGGUUAGGGAAGGGAUCUUGGAGGCUGAUGAGAACCCGCUUCAGGAUCAAGUGUAG